CUGAUACAUCGUGUCCUCUACUUACUGACGAUCCCCUCUGGUUAUUUGCUGCUGGUCAUUUUUUCAAUCUGCAACCUGAAUGAUGUUUCAUGGGGCACAAGAGAAGUGCCUACAAAGACCCAAAGAUUGGAAAUGGAGAGGAGAAAAAAAGAAAAAGAGGAAGAAAAGAAGAACAAGCCAAAGAAAGGUUUUCUGGCCAGGAUAUUCAACAGGGGAGAA